AUGGCAGGAAUUUCUGCGGCACAGCGUCUACAAGAGCACGGCAUAAACAACAUUAUCAUAUUGGAAGGCAGCAACAGAGUUGGUGGAAGAAUGAAGAGUACUCAAAUUGGCGGAGUGACCGUUUCACUUGGGCCUGGUUGGAUUCAAGGAAUAGACCCAGCUGAUCCUGAUCUACACCCUCUUUGGGAAUUAGCACAGAAGUACGGUGGUCUGCGAGGUUUCUAUCCUGAUUAUAACUCUCUGACGAACUAUGACACACAAAGCAAUCAACCAAAUGAAUCACUGUUUCGUUGGAAUGACUAUGUUAAUGCUUUAAAAUCAUCUUAUGAUUUGGUAACUCGACUAGAAAAAUCUGGAGAGUGUGACGGUGUUACCCUGCGAUAUGGAUUAAAUGUGAACGGAUGGACCACGGAAACACCCAUUGAUAAGUGGAUUGAGUGGUACAAGAGCGACUAUAGUCAAGGAACAACACCAGAUAAUGUGGCUCUCUGCUUGUCUCUGCUCGACCCAACAUACACGAAUUUUACUUCACCUGGAAGUGAAGCAACUGAUUUUUAUGUGACUGAUCCAAAUGGGUACGAAAAGAUUAUUCAAUGCAUGGCUGAUGAAGUGAAGUGA